AUGUGCUGCCCUCCAAAGGGGGUCGGCAUUCUGGCACGAGUGAGCCCUCCAGCUGGUGGCAAGAGUGAUGAGUGUUCCGUGACGGCUGACGUGAUGUUUGCUUACAGCACUGUUCCCGCCGUGGCCGCCAAGUACCAGGCCAACAUGCCGACAAUUAAGAUGUUGUUCCCUCACGACGAACAGUCCGCGACUUUCGCCGGCGACUUGAGCAAUGCCGAGGAAAUCGAGGCCUUCGUCAAGAAAUUCCGGCAGCCCAUGAUCGCAGAUUUCAACGGCGAAACCGCCGCAGAUCUUUUCGGGGACGGACGACCGAUCCUGUUCUUGUUCCGGGAUAAGGACGACAAAGGCAAAGCUGCUGAAAAGGCUCUUCAAGCCGUGGCUCCGCGUUUACAGCGCAGACUGCUACUGUCCGUCGCCGGCUCUAGCGAGCCGAUGGAUCAGCGGCUGAUGGACUAUGUCAGUGUCGAAGCAGAGGAGCUCCCGACGGCACGGCUUGUCACCGAACCCCAGGGCACAAUGUCGAAGUACAGGCUGGAGGAUACCGUUUCGGAGGCCUCGCUGAUGUCCUUCGUGGCCGACUUCGAAGCUGGCCGAUUGAAGAAGUACUUGCAAUCAGAGCCGGUGCCAAGCAGCCAGAAGGGCCCAGUCUACACACUCGUCGGUUCCACCUUCGAAUCCAUAGUGAAAGAUCCUGCGAAGGAUGUUCUGGUAGAGUUCUAUGCCCCCUGGUGUGGCCACUGCAAGAAGCUGGAACCAGUAUACAACGCUGUGGCGAAGAAGCUGGAGAGCGUGCCGACCAUAAUGAUUGCAAAAAUUGAUGCGACAUCGAACGACGUCGACGGCGUUGACAUUGAAGGUUUCCCAACCAUAAAGUUUUGGCGCGCCGACAAUAAGGAGCAGCCGAUAGACUACGACGGUGACAGGGAUGUUGACUCUUUUCUGUCCUGGCUGGACGAGAAAGCCGCCCGUCCCUUCGGACGCAGUGAGCUCUGCCAGGGCUCCAGGCCUGGGGCCAUUCCCGAGGACGCCGCGGUCGAGACCGAGGAUGUGACCAAGUGCCAGUUCUGCGGCGCUGUCAAUUCGGAGGGCACGCAAGAGGCAAUGGAUGUCCACUACUGGCGCGAGUGUCCGAUGCUGACGCAAUGCCAGUUCUGCAGCUUUGCAGCAUCUAAAUGGCGAGCUGGGGAGAAUUGUGCUCCGGUUGGUGAGCAGGUCAUAGAGAUCGCGCAGUUAGCAUCCCACUGGAGGGAGGAGUGCGAGGCCAGAAGCGCAGCGACCGAAGCAGCCAAGGACCUGGCGCCCAACCAGUGCCCGCUGUGCCGUGCAGACAUAGGCACGGGAAAAGAGCAGGACUGGCUGCAACACAUCCUCCGAGAUGGAUGCGUCCAAGCCUUGGACAACACUGAGCUUCACACACGUUCUCUCGACACUGCCAUGCGCUAUGGGCAGCCUGGUGCGAUGUCAGCCAACGAGGCGCUUUGCAAGCUGGAGACGGCAAGCCAAAGCCUGGUCUCCUGCAUCGAGUGCCCGAUCUGCAUGGAGAUCAUGACGGAGGCUGCUAGUGGCUACUGUGGGCACUGCUUCUGCAUUGGCUGCUUUGGCUGCUCCUUGAGUUCCUCUUUUAGCUGCCCAACAUGUCGCGAGCCAGUUGUGGACCUGGUGCGACAGUUUACUGUGGAACAGGUUGCCGCACACAUCCCUAUCUUGAAGGAUGUGGCGCUGCAAGUCGGGGUCGCACUCGCGCAGAAGGAGCUUGAGCUGGACUCCAGCAGGCGUGGCUUGACGGAGCUGGAGAUGUACAAAGAGAAGGCGCUGCGUCUCGAAGCGGAGCUGCAAGAAGCGAGCCUCCGCUUCGCCCAGCUGCGCGAACAGUGCGAGUCCGUGGCUGCGCUGCAGAAGCGAACCCAGGAGGAUGUGGAGGAAUUGCAGAAGCAGAACCUGCAGCUGCGCGAGGAGUUGCAGCUCCUGCAUGAGCGGGAGGGGAAGUCAGAGGCGACUCUGCAGAAGACAAAGAUUCUGGAGGAUGCUGUCGUCAACAUGAUGGAGCACACUCACAGCAUGCUCAAGGUGGCCAUCGGUGCUGGCUGGCAGGAGCUCUGCGAACCGAUGUCUCAAGAGGAGGCGUUGCGGAAAAUGGGCUUGCCAUCCGCUUCCACCGCGACUUGCUCAAUUGUCGAGUUUGGAGUGGUUCGGGAGUACCUGCAGGACAUGGGCCAGGAGUGCAUGGGCAAUAUGUCCCUUGGCAUUUCCCAAGACCUGCGCUUCAAACUGGAGUAUUACGGCUCCAACCAGCACGGCUUCAACGAGGUUGAGAUUGAAGGCCGAGUGCGAGUAGAAGGCCGGCAGCUGACAUUUCUGGGAGUGCGCUCGGCAUCCUCCCGCCGCUACGAUGGUGAGCACGGCCCGGAUGGACUGUCCGAAGAGGUGGCGCUGCCUCCUUUGCAAGGCGUACUCUGCAGCCGCGGUGACAGCACCUGGAUCGUGCUUCUCGAAUUCAGUGCGUGCGCCCAGAUCAGCAUCUUCAAUGCAGCAGACAUCGCGCUGCUCAAGGACCCAGUGAAGCACUUCCCCGGGUAUCAAAGACUGGCCUGGUGA